CUUCAUACAAUUUACUCCUUAAGCAUAAUGGCAGUGUUUAUCUAUCUUGAAUUCAUGGUGUUUGGAAUUAUUUUUCUUCGUUUUCUCUAUCGUUUCAUCGACAACAAUUCUCUCCCUCCAAACUGGCCAUUUGUCGGGAUGAUUCCAGCCUUACUUCUCAACAUCCAUCGCCCUCAUGACAAAGUUGCCGAUGUUCUCAAACGAAGCAAUGGCACCUUCUUUUAUAAGGGACUUUGGUUUACCAACACCAGUUUCUUGGCCACCUCAGAUCCUGAGAAUGUGCGCUAUAUAUUGAGCUCCAACAAUGCAGAUUAUUUGAAAGGUUCAGAAUGGCUGAAACAGUUUGAUAUCUUCGGAGAAGCGCUUUUCAAUUCCGACGGUGAGGCUUGGAAACGUCACCGGAAAGUGUUCCACGCUUUCUUGCACCACCCACAGUUCAAGCAAUCACUCUCAAAGGUUCUCCAUCAACGUAUCGAGGGAGGGCUGGUUAAGGUGCUUGAAUAUGUUUCUCGACGAGACAUGGUGGUGAACUUGCAGGAUUUGUUCGUGAGGCAUGCGUUUGAUAUCGGUUGCAUAAUGGCCGUCGGCUUUAACCCCGGCGUACUCUCCAUUGAAUUCCCCGAGAACCGAUUCCAUAAAGCCAUGAGUGAUACUCUUGAAGCAGCAUUUUACAGAUAUGUGAUGCCCGACAGUGUCUGGAAGCUGCAAAGUUGGCUUCAGAUUGGAAAAGAGAAGAAACGAACUGAAGCUUGGAAAGCUUUCGAUAAUCUUUUAACACAUUAUAUAUCGAUCCAACGCCGCAAAUCCAAGAAAACAAUGGCAUCAGCGAGUGAAGACGAUGAUUUCAAUUUCUUGAAGUGUUACCUAACGGGACAUGAAAUUACAGGCCCAACAGCAAAGGACAGUCUUAUACGAGACAAUAUCAUACACUUUUUGUUUGCCAGUGACGAUACCUACAGCUUAACUCUCACUUGGUUUUUUUAUCUCAUCUCCAAGACAUCCAUGGUUGAAAUUAAGAUCAGAGAAGAAAUAAAGCGACACUUAUCGAUGAAACAAGUCGAGGGUUUGCAAAUACCGUCUAACUUCGACGAGUUGAGUGAUCUAAAGUAUCUUCAUGCAGCGAUUAGCGAAACCCUAAGGCUCUUUCCACCGAUUCCGUUCGAAUUCAGAACAUGUACGAAGCCGGACUUUCUUCCGAGCGGUCAUCGAGUCGACCGGAACACCCGAGUCUUAAUCGGAAUACAUGCAAUGGGAAGGAUGGAAAGUUUAUGGGGAGAAGAUUGCAAUGAAUUCAAGCCGGAAAGGUGGAUCAGUAAAGAAGGGAAGAUUAAACGAGAGUCACCAAGUAAAUUUUGCGCGUUCCUGGCGGGACCGAGGAUUUGUCCAGGGAAAGAGUUGUCAUUUCUCUUGAUGAAAGCUACCGCAACGGUGAUUAUUCAUAACUUCAAUGUUCAUGUAAUUGAAGGCCAGAAAAUUGUUCCCAAGAACAGUGCGUUUUAUCAGAUGAAGAAUGGGUUAAUGGUUAGGGUUAAGAACAGAUGGAGUUGAGAAAUUUGCAGGGUUUCCUUGGC